AUGUUGGCUCCAAAAACACAAUUUUUACUAAUACAGGUGCUUGUGGCUAAGCAGAAGCUCGCGGCAGAGCAGGGCUGUGAAGCAGAACAGCUCAAACUUGUGUAUUCUGGAAAAGUUUUACAAGAUGACAAGACCAUCACCGACUCCAAGGUGAAAGAAGGAGACUCAAUUAUUUUCAUGGUUGCGAAAAAGAAGCCGGUCAGCGACGCAAAACCCGAGACGAAGACCAGCGAGACUGCUGGAGCUGGAAAGUCAGAGACCAAGGCAACUGAAGCGUCUACAAGUACGGCCGGAAAUGAAACUUCAACUUCAGGAAAUUCCGGAACUUCUAACACUUCUGGAGUUUCCGGCUCCGGCUCUGGCUCUGGUGCUGUCACCUCUGGCGGCGGCGACUUUGCGCUGGGCGACGAGCGCGAAGCCAGCAUUCAGAAUAUAAUGGAAAUGGGGUACGAACGAACUCAGGUGGAGGCUGCGUUGCGGGCGUCAUUCAACAACCCUCACCGGGCGGUGGAGUACUUGUUGACGGGAAUCCCCGAGUCGCUUCAAAGACCACAAAUCUCAAACGCUGCUGCUUCGGGUGCGGUAUCGGCUCCGUCUGCGGUUUCUGAAGCCGACACUUCGGCCGACGCCGACAACACCGAAGGAGCAGAAAACCUCUUUGAGGCUGCCGCCGCCGCGGCCCAGCAGGGCGAAUCAGGAGCUGGAAGCGGUGCCGCUGGCGGAGCAGACCAGGGCGACGAUGCUCAAUUGAGAUUGUUGAGAACCGCAUUGCAGACAAACCCAGAACUCAUCCAGCCGUUACUCGAGCAGCUCGCGGCGUCCAACCCACAGGUGGCUACCUUGAUCCAGCAGGACCCUGAGGCUUUUGUGAGGACGUUUUUGGGUGAGGGAGAAGACAUCGAGUUUGACGAUGCAGAAGGAGAAUUGGCUGCCGGUGAAGGAGGUCUUGGUGCCGGAGAAGUAGCGAUACAAUUGUCGGAGCAGGAUGAGAGCGCUAUCGGCAGAUUAUGUGAGUUGGGGUUCGACCGCAAUUUGGUGAUUCAGGUGUACAUUGCCUGUGACAAGAACGAAGAGGUGGCUGCGGAUAUUCUAUUUAGGGAUAUGUAA